UGUCAAUGUCAAUUUUUGUAAAUAUUUACAGAGAAAAUUUUUAUAUAUUUUGAUUUUUUAUUGGUUUUUUUUAUUUUGUUAUGCGUUUUAUUUUGCUAAUUUUAUACAGUUGUUACUUUAUUUAUAUUCGAAAAUGAAAUCUGAGGACUCAUCUGAUACUGAUUACAACAUAGAAGAUGUUGAAAAAUAUUGGACCGAACUGUUAUUAAAUUGGGUAAACAAAUGUGUGCAUCCAGAAAAACGAAAACCAGUAAAGCAACUGAACACCAAGAGCCUGGUGGCUGUUCUGAACAAAUAUAAACAAGACAUAUAUGGUGAAAAGGCUGCUAAGCCUGUAUAUACUAUUUAUGAUUUACAGGCGUUUCUCAAGAAAAAGUACCCGUUAUUGAAAUUGAGAUGUUUUUUCGAACUAAGAGAUAUACCAAACAAGUUGUAUGUCAUGUAUUCCAUCAUGCUGUUCCACUGCUGUGUCCAAAUAGAGGGGAGUGAGGUGGAUAAGGAGAUAUGCAACAAUUUGACCAAGGAGGAACAAGAUAUGACGCUGAAGUUCUGCGAGAGAUUAGCUGAUAUGGAAGUAACGGCUAGUGGUAUUCAGUGUGCUAUCAAAGAAGCAUAUGGACUAGUACUCUCAAAUGUAAAGGCCAAGAAAGAAGUUAAAGACGCAGAAACGCUAAAAGAACUAGAAACAGAAUCCAGCGAACCAAGCACAUCACCAGGAAAGAGUUCCUUCAACACAGUAACAACAGAAAAUACCACAGCAAAGAAGAGUAGCAGAGAAGAGAAAAGUGAACUUUCUGACACUACAAAUAAGGACUCAAAUACUUUGAAAUUCAAAUCCUCAAUAACUGUUCUGCCAUCAAUAGUUACUGAUACUUCUUAUUCAGAAGUGGAUUAUGUCGUCAACUACACUUCCAAGUCUGAUGUAACUGAAAAGGAACCUUUUGAUAAAUCUCCUAAAGUUCAACUUCAUGUACACCGUUAUACGUCUAGGGAUGGAAAUGUGGCCACGGAUUCUGCUGAAUUAAGAAAACGAUGCGGUCUUCAUUGUGCGUGCAAUAGAUGCAGUUCCAAUCAGCCGCCUUGUUGUGGAGAGCCCACAAAGAGUCCAGUGUUUUGCCAACAAGAGUACAAAGCGUACCAUUAUGGCGAAAAAAAGAAGGGGAAUAUAUUUACCAAUUUUCCAUACGAAUUGGAUUUCGAGUUCAACUGGACGGCUUUUUUUGUCGUUAUCAUAUUGCUUCUGCUCUUAGUAGCAGCAGGAGUUUUAAUAUAUCUAUAUUUCUUUCAAUCGUUCGGAAGUAAAACUGUCGAGUCUACCGCAGAAAAGAUUGAAGAGUUUCGAAUGAGUGCGAGUCAAGAAGCUAGGGUUUUCCAAUUCAACUCUUACAUAUGCAAGAACGGCUUUUGUGAGAAAGUCAUUGGACCAACUUCGGAAUACUUCUACUCCUCAUUGAGCAGGUGCACGCUCUUAUGUACGGGACCACAAAUAUGGCCGUUUCCCAUCGGCUACACUUACUACAGUAAGAAGAUCGUAACCCUAGCCACGAGCAGAUUAGAAUACAAAUUCAAUUCCGUACCUUCCGAGGCUGUCCACAUAUAUUUAGCAGAAGCCUUCAAACUCUUUCUUGGUGAUAUAGCGAAACUAGAACAAUACACAGCAGAAUCCAGAAGAAACAUAUCUAGAGACUCAGUUGUGAAGAAGAUGUCCAUAGAAAUGGAUGUGGAGACAGAUCCUGAUCCACGAUUAAGAUUGGACACAGAAGAAUCAUAUCAGAUUAAGGUCGAGACCAUAAGUAACCAGGUUCUGGUGAAGUUGAUGGCAGCUUCGUUCUGUGGCAUGAGACAUGCCCUGGAGACUCUCAGUCAAUUGAUCCUAUUAGAUCAAACAACUGGCUUCUUAAUAACUCUAUCAAAUAUGGUGAUUAAAGAUGCCCCCAGCUACAAAUACAGAGGUCUCAUGUUGGAUACAGCAAGAAAUUUUAUACGAGUACCAGAUAUUAUGAGGACAUUAGAUGCUAUGGCUUACUCUAAACUAAAUACAUUCCACUGGAGAAUCUCUGACGUCACCAGCUUCCCUUUGUUUCUUCCAGAAGUCCCACAGCUGUUCGAAUAUGGUUCUUAUGGUAGAAAUUUCAUGUAUACUAAGGAGGAUGUAAGGGCUGUGGUGAAAAGGGCUGGGAUUCGUGGUAUUAGAGUGGUGAUGGAAGUGGCAGCCCCAGGACCUGUGGGAAGACCCUGGUCUUGGGUCCCAGAAGCGACAUGCCCAAGUAAGAACAAAAAUUUCACGUGCAGCAACAUUCUAUGCCUGAGAUUAGGCAUGCGUGAUUCAGUUUUCGAUAUCCUGCAAAUAAUUUACUCUGAGAUCUUAAAGCUGACGAAAAUUGAUGAUGUUUUCCAUUUGAGUGAUAGUGUAUUCUCUUUGGCUAAUUGCUUUUAUUUGGUCGAAGAGAGGGAGGGGUUUUUGGAAAAGGCUUUGGAGAGAUUGAAGAUGGCCAAUAAAGGGUUCCUACCGAAGUUACCAAUUGUCUGGUACUCUACACAUUUGACCAAGGAUUAUGAGGCUCGAGCUUGGGACAGAUAUGGAGUGCAGUUAUCGGAAUGGCAGCCAAAUCCGACAGAACAGUUCCUGAGCAGAUUCAAAGUGAUACAUUCGAGCAGGUGGGACUUAUCCUGUGAGGUGAAGAAACACAGGUGUCAACGGUACAGGACCUGGCAAGACAUGUAUUCGUGGAAAUCCUGGCGGAAUAUUGAGGUGUUCACCAUUGAGGGAGGAGAGAGUAUUCUGUGGACGGACUUGGUUGAUAGUGGCAACUUGGACACACAUUUGUGGCCUCGAGCGGCGGCGGUGGCAGAACGGCUCUGGUCUGAUAUCGCCCUCAAUGGAACCGUCAGUGGUGAGGUCUACGUCAGGCUUGACAGCCAAAGAUGGCGCAUGGUACUAAGAUCGAUUCAGGUGCAACCAAUAUGGCCGCUCUACUGCAGUUUCAAUCCUGGAAUAUGUCUAGACAAAUUGAGACACAGAGAAAUAACCAGAACUAUUAGCUAAUGAAAGGUUUUAUUCACAAAAUACAAGCUUUCAAAAU